UAGACACCGAGGUUGCUGAUACAGUCGAGCAGCUUAAGCAGAAAUAUUUGGAGAGGAAGAAGCAGGUUUGAGUUUAACAACAACUUUAAGUCACACACUCAUUCAGCUCGUUUGAAAACUUCAAGUUUCCAUCACCAGAAGACAUUUCAAUAGGAAGAAGUGAAGAGGCAGUACGGCAGAAUAUGUUGACCAAACGGCCAAGCAAAGAAUUGAAAAGCUACAGCAAGGCUUUAUAUGAGCUGUUCGAAGCAGUUUCUAAUAAUUCUGACCAGUUUGGCAGUGAUCGUGGUCUGCAUGGCAGUAAUCAGGACCUGAGGGGGGUCUCUGCAGGUUCCCCGCUUCAGUACUCCCAGGCUCUGUUUACAGAAACAGAUGUGACUCUGCCUUCCUCUCUGGAUGAGAGCCCCGGAGCCCAGGACAAUGCGAAAGAUGGGGAGUUGCGGAGAAUUCACCGACUUCCUGACAUGAGAUGUUCCUCUUCCUUAGUGCUAGAAAACGUGUACCAGGAGAUGAUGACCAUCUAUGAACAACUAAAGGCAGAGCGACUAGGCCAGCAGAGGUGGGAGAGGGAGCUGCAGGAGCGAGAGAGGGAGCUGCAGGAGAGGGAGAGGAGGCUGAGUCAGCAGGAAGAGGAGACUGUGAGGAGGCUGGUCAGGAUGGAGGAGAUGCUACACUCUAACACACCAACUGUAGAGGAGAAACACCAGCAAGAGCUGAGCGAGCUGCAGGAAGCUCUCCGAGAGAGGAGCAAGGAGAACAGGAGGCUCAAGGCCAGCUUCGACUCCAUCAAGGGGCUGAACGACAGCAUGAGGAAACAGUUGAAUGAGAUCAUUGAACAGAAUAAAAGGUUGGAGAGCCAAUCCAAGAGGGUGCAUGCUAGACUUGAGAACAUACAGAGGAAAUAUGAGCACAGCAUUGCAUUGAAAGGCUGUCAGAAAGUGAGCACAAAGAUGAUUAAACCAUCCCAAAAGGAGAGAACGGCUGCCUGUGGAAAAUCAAACAACAAGGGCAGCUCUAGUCCCACCUCUCUAAAGCUCCAGACCCUUCUCCUGGACUGGGUGCUUGAUGAACAGACGCUCUCAUCAGCAGCAGGAAACAAAGAGAAGGGUCUCGGCCACUGUCUGCCUCCAGAGAUCCUACUCAACGGGAGAUGCCUGAAGGUGCUGCCAUUAUUAGCAGAUCAGCUUCAUCACACUCCUUCAUCGGAACCAGACCUCCUUCUAAACCUUCUUCGAGUCAUCCUCUGGGCUUUGAGACAGAUGGACAGCAGCACACAGCAUGUAGCACUCUCUGCCACUCUGCGGCGGAUAGGAGAGGAAGUAUCAAAGACCCCGGCUCAGUUAGCGGUGCUUCAGUCUGAAGAUCCAGAGCGGCCCCCCUGCAGGAGCUGGCCUCUGUACCGCAGCCCCCAGCCUCACACACGCAUCCUCUCCACCCUCAUCAUCCUCCGCACCGUCACGCAAGCUGAUGUGCUGGCCCAGGCUCUGGACAGUCUGCGCACCGAGCUGAUGUCUGAGGAGAGCCGAGGCCUCUUCCUCCACUCUGGUGGCGUGUGUGUGCUGCUGUCCAUGCUCCGGGCCGGCCGUGGAGGGAUUCACACACCUGUAGACAUCCUCAUGCAGCUGGCUGAACAAUCCCGCUACUUAAAUCCCUUCCUUGAGGCGUGUAGCUGUGAAGAGUUUUUCCGAACGGCCGCCCAGCUUCUCAAAAACCCUCGUCUGGAGCUCCCGACGCUGGAGAAGCUCUCUGUCCUUCUGCAGAAGCUCUCCACCAUCAGGAAGAACCGCCGUCUGUUUGAGCGGUCCUCCCUCCACCUCCAAAUACAAGAGCUCAAUCACAAAGCCGACCACACACACAACUUCCUCUGCAUCAACCUCAGGUCCAUCCUCCACAACCUCCAAUAACACACACACACACACACGCUCACAUGUGUUUUAUGCUCUAGUAUUGGCUUUAUUAACAACCCAGGCCUCCCAGUGAGGAUGAAGGUGACUCUCUUUGUGUUUUAGUACUUCAGCAUGUUGCUUGGUCUUAUUGUUUUUCUAUCCCACAAUGCUAAUCUGAUGUCUUGUCCUCUGUUCCUUCUGUGAUUGUCAUGCUUGCCAGCGGACUUAAUGGGUGUCUGAUGUGCUCAGAGGAAGAGAGGCGGUGACUGGGAAGCUUUUUAAUGACAAUAAACAAAAACAACUGAAGGACAUUAAGACGGGACUGCAU